CAGCUACACCCUCCAUGGAAUUCAGUGAAGCAUCCCGCUUCCGCCACCGGAAAUCCCCCUCCUCCGACCGUUUCCUCGGUACAUACCCACUGCCGUCCGACCGCCCCUCCUCCUCCACUUAAAGAAUGCAGCUUUCUUCUUCUCUGGGAAGACACCACGAGUUAACGCCUAUGAAUGUGCCGUUAACAGAGAACUCGGUAAUGAAUAUGAUGAAAACGACGAUGGGGAAGGGGGGAUUCUGCCUCCACGAGAUUGUGGCAAUGAGCUUGGCGCAGUCCACUAUGCUGGCCUGUUCGGUGCUGGAGGGAGUGGGGAGGACCCUCAAAGGGAGAGGCCUAAGGCAGGUAAGAAAUGCUGUCUGGAAACAAACUGGCUUUCUAGAUUGAGUUCAAUCCUAUGUGAAUUUGAUUUUCUAGCAGUUGAAUGUGGAAGAAAACACUUUUGGCUCUCGUAUAUUGUGGUUAUGGAGUAUCCAUGUACAAGUAAUAAAAAUGCUUGAUUUAUUAGCAUUAUGAUUUGUUCCUCCUUAAGGACAGAGACUCUGUAAGCAUUCAGGAAAAGAGAGAGAUGGAAAUUCUGUACACUCUGGCUUCAAGGAAGGUUAUUCUCUACUCAGGCUAUCUAUAUUUUUUGGUUUGAGAUAAAUUUAGAUUCACGAA